AUGUCAGCGAAAAAGAAGACAAAACUCCAACACCAAGUGUCCGUUUCGAGAAAUAACAACGUUGUGAGUAGCGCUCAAUAUAACUUCACCUCGUUAACUACCGCUGGUAUUCCAAUAUAUGGGCAACCAUCAGUUAACUCUAACAUUAUAAUUCAGUCAUUGAUUUUGAACAGUCGACAAUUAGCUGAAUAUUAUACUAAUCCUUACAAUACCACUACUAUGGAUUUAUCCAAUAAGUAUUUAAACCAUUACCCAUCCCCUACACCUUAUGCUCAAACUUCGCCUUACACCCAAGCCAUUCCUUCCUGGGUGAAUCCUGUCGAACAAACCAUAUCUCCUACUUAUGUAAGCCGACCGACUUUAUCUGAGGAUCCAUUCAUCGAAACUCCUUGGGUGGUUAGAAGGAUGCUUGAUGAUUUUACCAAGGCUAUCUAUAUCCUGAAUCAAGAUGUGAACGAUUUUGUUGAUUAUAUAUCACCUCGGCACGAAGAACGACGCAUGCGUCAAUACGUAGUUCGGCUUAUUGAAAAAGAAUUCGAAGCCGAUAAAAUUUCUACCGUGGCUUUUGGAAGUUUUAAUACAGAAUUGUAUUUACCUACAAGUGACAUUGAUCUCGUCUUCUUUUGUAAAUCUACAGAUGUAAAAAAAUUAGUCCAUACUUAUGCUGCAAAGAUCCGCAAGGUAGAUAAAUUAGUUACAAGUUCAAAAGAGGUUAUUACAGUUGCAAAUGCCAAGGUACCAAUUGUCAAGUUCACAGAGAAACACACAGGAUUUAAUGUGGAUAUUUCAUUCAAUCAAGGAUCGGGAAUACAAACAGCAAACAUAACAAAAUCUUUACUAAAUCGAUAUCCUGGCUCAAGAGAAUUG